AUGCACUUCCCCCACCCCACGACGACCUGGAGCAAAGCCGCCCUCGAACGCGAGUACACUUUCGACACCGCUAGCCUCACACGUGUCCACACAGAGGACCGGUCGCCGUACACUGCGCGGCCCGACUUCGACCACUGCAAGUGCUCUACGAUCUUUGACGCCGGGCUCUGUGAUAGCCCCGCGUCCUCGCGCCAAAACUCCGUUCUCGCCCCUGCCAAGUCCGCGUCGAGAACUUCAUCUCCGCUAUGCUCGCGCGCAGAUACCGGGACGAGUGCUAAGUCGCUCACGAACGUCAGCGUGCGCUGCGCGUCGCCACUCGGCUCGCAAGCUUCACUAGCGUCUGCGGACUACCACGAGACGCACGCCCUCCUUGGACGCGCCGUGUCGCGUAUGCCGUCUGCAUCUGCAGUAUUGGACGAGCAGGAUGGGGAGCAGCAUAACGGAGCGGGAAAGCACAUAGCGAAGCAGACGUGCACAGAAGCUGAGGCGACGAAGGGCAGCGCAAUGCACUUCAUUCACGGGGGGGUGCUCAAGAGGCUUGCGGUGCAUCUGCCGUUGCGGAAAUGA